GGAUUUUUGUCGCUUCCCUCGACUCUUACUUGACUCACGCGUGUUUCCAACGGCGCAUGUGCGAAAUAUAACUGCACCGCCGGUGCAGCACUCGACGUGCGUCCGCAUGCAUCAGUAGCGGAUCCGGAUUGCCGCUCGCCGACGCGAGAAUUGAGGUUAUGUGAGGCACCGUUAACGUUUAUGUGCGCUUAAAGCACACAAUUGAGAUUGUAAAAGAGGAAAUAUUUUCUUACAACCAUUCGUGACUUAUUUGCGUGCAAAGGGUAGGAGCUUUCACGCGAUUUUGAAUACGGUGAUAAUAUUUUCAACAUGGAAGUAGCUCCAAUGGGUAACUUGCCUUGCAGCAAGGAUUUGUGGUCUAUCAUAUCCGGCACGACGUGUUGUUGCGCUAAAGAGACCGUCGAGGAAGAGAUAAAGAAUGCCACUGCUUUGCUCAAAGAGGGCCUUCAGUUUUUCAAGCCGUAUACAGAUGCGUCGUUGCAAAGUAUUUCUAAAAGAAAUCCGCCCCCUCUACAGCAAAUGUUCGAUUUGAUUAGUAAACUCGCUCCGCUCCUUAAUUUGGACGCCACGAUUACCUGGGAUCUAGUGUGCAACUUUGUGUCGUACGAGUACAGAAAUUGCGCGGAGACCUUUGCGUCGCAGCUCUCCGAUCUCACUUCUAUAAGAGCAUUAAUCGACGAUAUUUGGAAUUUUUACUACUCUGAGAGAGUGACGUUGAUAAAAUGCCUCAAGCUCAUGAUUGAGUAUAAAGAUAACGAGAGACACCCUCAUCACAAGGAAUUUGCCAAAUUUUUUAACGAGAUCCUCAUGGGAAAUUUGCUUGAAUCCAUACGAAAGCAGAUAGAAGCGCUCAAGUUCGUAAAUCCUCCUACGCGGUCGCAGUUCUGUACGGAAGAUCACUUACAUCGAUUAUAUAAUAGCACAUUAAUAGAGAUGCGCGAGCUGCUUCACGUACUGACUGUGAUUGUACACGAUAUACAUAUUCCUAGUGGCGAAUUUGCCAAGUUUUAUGGCAGUAUUGGGGGUGAACCCAGACGAUUAGUCAGUACAAAAAGUCACGAGGACAAGGAAGAUAUCGCUAAAAAGAUUGAAGAGAUACAGUACAGUCAAAUAGCAUUGUUGCUUGUAUCUCUGGAUGUAGAUAAACACACUGGUAUAGAAGACUGGAUAAAUGGUGUCAGAGGCAGUAUGCAAGAAGUCUUUGAACACAAAUGUGUUCGUGAAAGUUUACAACAGGACGGGCCGUUACUCCUGUCAUGGAUGCUGGCAAAUUAUGCGAUUGAUCCGGAAAACAUAGACACGUUAAAUCGUUUCAAACCAUUUGGCAUCAAAGCCAUACAGCUUGACGUAUUUCAGUAUCUGCGAGAUUUGAUAAACUGCGAAAUGUAUCAAGAAGAGACCCAUUAUGCUGAAGUUGUGCGAAGCAGCGUUUAUAAUCUUCUCUCGUUAGUGUGCAUCUUUGUCGAGGAAGACCGGUUAAGUGCUUUAAACGGCAUUUUUGAUGCCCUGGCUGCCGUAGUCAAGUUUCCAGAAUGCGCAGCUAGAUUCUGGGAUGAACCGUACGACAGUAUAUGGUCGAUUUAUAAAGUUGCCAAAGAAUUGUGUCCUUACAAAUUCGAACCCUUAACCAGUAUAGCUAUUGGUCUGGCAUCCACAACAAUUACAAGUGCCAAGAAGAUCGCAUCGGAGUUGGACAAUCUACAAUCAGCGACCAUAGAAGUUCCUCGUCAAAGAGAUUGUAACAAGCCGUUACGGCCAUACGAAGCAGAUUGCGUGAUUCAAAAGAAUUCGUUUACUAUACCCAGCGACUGUGCAUACGAGAAUAUUACCGGGUUGUCCAGCGAGAAAGAAGUAGUCUUGUUUCGCGUAAAGGCGAGUUACUGGGACGCUUUGCAUCAUAAAAUAGAGCUGUUAUUUUCUCAAGCGAGCGGCGGAAUUGCGAAUAUCAGCGCCGUAAAGACUGACUUACCGGAGAAUGUUUAUCAGGGCCUGAAAUUGUUGGAAGCUUUAUUAGCUAAGGAUAUCGAGAUACCAUUGAACAUGGUUGCUCCCACGGAAUUAUGUUUUGAAAUUAUUAAUCGGUUCUCAUACCCGGUACUACCGUCAAACUUGUACAGAAUCGUUGCCGUCUGCAUUAGCAUUUCAUCGAAAUUGGUCUUGAGGUAUCCCGAGGACAUUCUCUCGCGCAUGCGGUCCGGUGUUUAUCCAAAAUUUAACAAUUGGUAUCAAAAGCCGUUAGACUUUGCGGAAGCGAUUUCCUUCGACAGUGGUCUCGUUGGAUCGUGGCUCUCGGGUAUAGAAACCAUCGAACACACGUAUCCCGUUCUGCGCGCGUUUCUGGACACCUUGUACAAUUAUCUAAUCACCAAGCAUAGCAAAGAAGCCAUGUACACCAUCGAAAUACCGGGUAUGGUGUUCCUGCUACAAGCUGUGUUACCUAAGCUAGACUCGUGGUAUUUCGAAUCGAACGCAGAAAGAAUCGACUUAUGGCUGAAGAGUAUGUUUUGCAUCCAUCGGGCUCUGGAUUCAACGUUACCUAAAAACGAUAUUCGCAACGAGUUGCAACUCGUCGUGGUGUACAGCUUGCUCUACUUGGAGCCGCGUCACGCGCUGCUGAAGCUACUUCGGACGGGCGAGCGCACACUGCACAAUAAAAUGAUCGCGGAGACAAAUUGGAUCAGUGGAAAAGGAUUCAAGACUAUCAAGAGUGUAGAACUAGCUCUGACGAUAGUCAAUCGACUGUUGAUGUUCAGAAAAUCCCUGGAUCUAGAGUUGAGCGACAGGUCGCCCCUCGAGAUCGCUUUGUAUUCCUCUCCGAGAGUGCCCAAUGGGCUCCUUAUAGUACCAACUAUUGUUAAUUAUCUGUACGUUUGGUUCAGCCCUUCUUUACAAAAAAUGGCUGUAAUGCUGCUGAAAAAAUUCGCGGAGGAAUUCUCUAUGUCUCUGCUCGUUUGCAUGGGAAUGGAUGGAACAUCUAUACGGGAAACCUUCGCGUUUCGAUUAACUCUGCCAACGUGCGCGAUUGAAGUCAAAGUCGCUAUCUUGGAAUUGGUCGCCGUGUGUCUAGAGAAACAACCUGGCCUGACGGAGGCCCUUUUCAAUAUUAUGCACCAAGCGGAACGCAAGAGGAUCUUCCCACGUCCAGCCGACGAGUUUCUUACCGAGGGUUGCAGUCAAUUCUUGGACUCGUAUUUAGAACGAAUGUACAAGGAGGACGACAUUGUAUGCGAUAAAUUGUACGACAGCACGAUGACAGUGUUGCGCGCCAUGUGGUAUCACAGAAAUGAGAUUCUUGUCAAUUUCUUCCGGAAACGAGAGAAAUUCUGGAGUCACCUGUUCGCGCCGCUUUUUAAAACCUUAGCGGCGGGCGCGAAAGGUUAUUCGCAAUUGUUAGAUGUAAUUACAUUAGAAUUGUACAAAAGUCCAUUGUUAGAGAAUAAUUUCUCGAAAAAUCUAAAGGAGCUGUUGAACAAGUCCAAGGAUCAUUGGAAAAAAUUAGCCAUGUACGUUCUCGAUGUUCCCGCGAACGGCGAGGGCGAGAAUAAGGAGCCGCGCGCGAAGCAAGACAGACUCAUAGAACCGUUGUACGAGAUUAAUUUAGAGUCCUGGUACCACUUCAUCGUUAUGCUCACUGACGAACGAACGGCGAAAAAUUACCCGAUUAACGUAACGCAGGCGCAUCUCCUGACUCAGUUGGCCUUGGAUUCUCUGUUGGACCGAGUGAAGGAACCGAAUGAUUCCAGCAGCGGCAAGAUCCCGAUGUUACUGGCUUCCUUAUCCCUGAGGUGCAUCACUUCCUGGAAACAGAUGUGCGUCGGUGACUCGAGGAUUUUCAAGACCAGACUCUCGCAACUCACGCAGGAGAUAGCGCAGACUUAUCGCGGCUUUGGAAAAGCCCUACGGCAGACAAUGAUCUCGUUGCUACUCGGAUGCGUGCAGCUGGUGAAGAGUACCCUGGCCGAGGACUCGGCCAGCCUGGAAUACCUCUUGGCGCACUCUUGCACCAUUGCUAUUUGCGAGCUAGAGGAAUUGAAGGAGGCUGCCCUUCAACUGGAACGCCGAAAGCAGCAGUUGUCCGUCGAUCUCAAGACUGACGAGAAGGGCGCGCGAAAGAAGGCCGACUGUCGCAGCGCGGAGACGCUCCGUGGUAUACGAGAGAGUCUACCGGCGACGUUAGCUAUCAGCAUGGUGACGCAACUGUUACGAUCGUACGUCGAACGGAAUGUGAAUUUCAAGCAUCGUCUGCGGGCCAGCUGCGUGCAGCUUCGUCAGAUGAUACCCGAACUGAUGGUGUGCGUCGGGUGUACACUCCAGAAGUACCCGUAUGUCAAGUUCAGCGCGGCGGCACUGAGCUUGCUGGGCGUUAUAUCGCGUUCCCCGUACUGCCCGUAUCCCAUCAACGACAACGACAUCACGAAGCUCUGGCUCAGCUUGAUUCCACCGGCGGACAUCGCCAACAGCAUGCUCGACUCGCUGUACGACGACUCGGCGAACGGUCAGUGGCGUUGCCAGGAUUGGUGGCCUUUGUACACGCUGGGCCUGGAAUUUCUGAUAGGCCUGGUCAGCAGCGAGACGCGCAUGAUGUUUGUCAACCACGUAGUCGUCUUCCUGAACUCUCACGAGCACCAGCUGAUGGUGGUGUCCACGUUAUUGAGGCACACCGCCGACCUGCUGGCCGCUGAUCUUAUACAAUCACUGGUCGCUCUUAUACACGCUAUAGCCACGCAAACGUACGUUUGGAACGCGAUUCAGCCGAGCGUUCGCGAGACUCUUAUAAAGUGCAUGUACCUGACGUACGAUAGUACGGUGAACCUGUUGCUGAGGCCGCGAAUACUCAAGUUUAUCAUCGACGGUAUCAGCGUGGAGAGCGCCGAGGAGCUCGAGUCCUGCGACAACCGACUGCCUAGCGGCGAGCUGAAGCUGCUGGUGAACAAGCUGAUCGUCAUAAACACAACCUGCGCGCUAAGCUUCGUUCACUUCUCGCCGAAACUGAAUACUCUGGUAGACACGAUAUACACCCAGGAUUACUGGUACACGCCGAUGGCCGAGAUGAACUUUGGGCCUCCGCAGAUGAGCAUGAGCUCCGGUCCGCAGCUCACUUACGGCACGAUCAUCAGCUCGACGCAACUGUUCACCCAGGCUCUUCACUCUCGCUCGCAGCCCGUUGCCGUCUCGUUGCCCGCGUCUUCGGCGCCGCAUUCUGGACGCGAGGAUAAAACGGAUUCCGCGAAGAAGGAGUGGGAACGCGCCGCGCCAGAAAAUCUCCGACGUAUGCACACGACCAAGGACCUACGACGAAUCAUUCACGCGGCCUCCGCUUCGACCUCCAGAACGUCAUCCAACAUUGGCGGAGAAUUCCUAGAAUACGUCAGCGGUCUAGACGUCACCGUGUCGUUACUCAGCAGCCCUAGACUCGUGCGUCGACCCUACGAUCCACUGAUAUGCGAGAAUACCAUUCUCUCGAGAGCAACCGCUCUGGCGACCGGUAGACACGUGACGAAGAGUAGCGGCAGCGGGGUCGCCGGCGCUCCGGGUAACGGCAGCCCAAUCAUAGCGAGAAAUCACAGAUUCAGCGAUCCAUGGUUCGAGUCGAUGGACGAGAACAAUACACGAUUGUCGCUGGAAAUCAAUCUUGUCCUGAUACUGUCGCAGGCUCUCGAAGGGGUGAAGAGCCCCAGGCUUACCUUGCGAGAUCGUCAGCUCAUAGCACGGGAGACCGCCACCGAGCUAGGAGUCUUCUUCGAUUUUCUCGAGCACCGCGGCACUCCCGAUAUCUGGCAGGUGAAGGGCUCCCUGAUAGACGCGGAUACGCGAAGCUCCAGGACGAUUCAGGACACGAGUGAUCCGACGCAAACGAAUUUACCGGCGAGACUCCAGAAGGAUAGUACUAUUGACAAAGCACCGGUGUGCUCGUCCGACCACGAAAAUUCCUCAAUGGAGAUGAGCCAAACUGAAACAAAAGAGAUAAGACUUGACGACAGUGUCCUUACUACUGGUGUUUUCAAAACGAACGUCAGCAGCGUGCAGUUCUUGCCGUUAAUGGGAAAAUUACUUAAGACCGUUGUCGAGUCGUUGGACUCGGCGCAAUUUCGAUGAACAGUAUUUUUAUUUAAAACGUAGUUCUCGAUACACACAAUUCAUCGUUCUAGAAUGGAAAUUAGAACCGCAUUCUAGAGCGAUGAACGUAAGUGACAAGCACAUUAAGAACUACGUUUUCGUUACGUUAAAAGCUGCCAUCUUUUUGACAUAAACGUAAGUAAAUAAUUGGACAUAAUUGAGUAUGUAUGAUACAACUGAGUCCGUUCAUGCAUGUUACUUGGUAAAAGGUUAAAAAAAUUUGUUAAUUACUCGAUAAUUUAACUUUCCUUUCGUAUAUUGCGUAUUAC